GCCCUCCACCUUCCUGCAUUCUCCAGUCUGCUCUCGCUCUGCUCUCAGCCAGGAUCCUCAGCUGUCCAUCAUGUCCAUGUCUAUGUCCUUGUCCUCCUCCAGGCUCUCCGGCUACUCGGGCGGCGGCUUCUCCCGGGGUGCCGGUGGUGCUGGAGCCAGGCUAGGUCUGGGGCUUGGUGGAGGUGCUGGAGCAGGUCUGGGGCUUGGCCUAGGCUUGGGUGGAGGUGCUGGUGCUGGUUUUGGCUAUGGCUUGGGUGGUGGUGCAGGUGCUGGUGCUGGUUUUGGCUAUGGUUCGGGUGGUGGUGCUGGAGCAGGAUUUGGCUUUGGAGCCGGCGGAGCUGGAGGAGCGCUAGUCGCUAGUCCGGCCUUCGCCAUGGGCCGCACCAUCGCCGCAGGAGGGCUGAGUGCAGGCUCUGCUUUGGCAGCUGGCCCUGCUCUGGGUGUCUCCGUGGCUCCCAUCCUGUCCCGAGAGGCCGAGAAGAGCACGCUGUCCAAUCUGAACGACCGCUUCUCCACCUACAUGGCCAAAGUGCGAGCACUGCAGCAGGAGAACGCUGCUCUGGAGGCCAAGUUGUCCCAGCUGACCGGAGGUGCCGACAUGUCUCCCGAGGCAUCCAGCACCACCACGGUGGAGUACGAGGCCCAGCUGAGCGAGUACCGCAGCACCCUGCAGACCCUCACCCUCGACACCAUCAAACUGGAGAUCGAGCUUGACAACGUCCGUGGUGCUGCUCACGAGGUCAAGGCCAAGCUUGACUUUGAGCAAGGGGUCAAGUUUCAGCUGGAGUCGGACAUUGCUUCUAUGAAAAAGGAUAUUGAAGCAGCAUCUGACCUAAGAAUCGAUCUGGACGCAAAAUACGCCAGCCUGAAGAGUGAACUGGACUUUGUCACCAAAACGCAGGAAGAGGAGCUGUCCAGUCUGCAGUCCAAACUAGGCACGAGCACUAUGGACACGUCCGUCUCCAUGAUUGAAGUCGACACUGGGAAGUCGUUCGACAUCUCUGCAGCUCUCAACAAGAUGCGUAUGGAGUACGAGAAGUCUGUGCAGCAGAAUCGAGAGGAGGCUGAGGCGUACUACAAGAUCAAGAUGGAUGAAAUCCAGACGGCUAACGCUAAGAGCACAGAGGCCGUGUCAGUUGUCAAAACUGAGGUCACCUCUGCCAGGAAAGAGCUGCAGGCGCUGGGCAUAGAGCUCCAGGGGCUUAUCACGCAAAAUGUGACCCUGGAGCAAAGCCUGGCUGAGGCCAGUGCCCAGUCCAGCGUGGGGGUGGCUGAGUACCAGGCCCAGAUAGCUAGCCUAACGUCAGCCAUCGAGGCGGCUAAAGUGGACCUUCAGAAACAGAUGCUGGCCUACCAGGAGCUGCUGGAUGUCAAACUGGCCCUCGACGUGGAAAUCUCCACCUACAGGAAACUGCUGGAGGGAGAUGACUUCAAGAUGCCAGACUACACCGAAACAUCCUACACUUUCUCAGGGGGAAACCCACCCCAAACCAGCACCCCCCAGGACUCCCCCCACGGCCAGGUGGAAAUACACACUAAAUACGUCCACACAGGCAAGUCCACCUCAAUCACUCAGCCAGACACAGAAUCAGGACUGUAAUGUAACACAUGCUGAGUUUAGAUCAUGAUGACCUUCAUGAAAUUGAAUGACUCAGUCUCUUUCUCAAUCUCUAUCUCUCUCCUGCAGCUGGUGGAAAAAUACAAGUUAAGGAGA